UUCGUCGUCGUGUCUCUGCUGCUGUUUGUGCGCUAUAUCGAUCAGCUGUUUUCUCGAGCGGCACACACCGCUUCAGCUCGCGUUAUAUAUACGUGCGUGCGUAAGGUACAACGUCACGGAAAUAACGUGAUUUUGAAUUCGGUAAACAUGUAAAAUAAUUGUGCGUAGCUCUGGAUUUUGAUAUACGUUCGCGUGAUUCGUUGGCCCAUUUGAUCGAAAACGACGCGUACUCCGGGUGUGGACAUCGACGUCUCUUUGUAUAUGUUCAUGCAUUUUGACGAGCGAGCACAACGAUGAAUACCCCGAGGCUCGAGAUACAGUGGUCGCCGAUACAUUCCAACAAGUUCAUCACCUGGGGCACCGAGAUAUGCCUGUACGAGAUCGCUCCGAUCAAGGAUACAGUGAGACCCUCUUGUAUCAAGGUGUCGGACAGCACCGUUGCGCAUCUGCUCGCGACCAAUUCCAGCCACAAUUACGUCAAGUGCAUCGACAUCUAUCCCAUAGCUGAGCCGGAUAUUCUCUUGGCCGUCGGCCAAGCCAACGGGAGAGUGGUUCUCACGACCUUCGGUCCCACCGCCUACGACUCCCUUGGAUUGACCGGCAAAGAACUGAUUCCCAAGCACGCGAGACAGUGCAACGCCGUUGCUUGGAAUCCCGUCGAAUCCAAUCUCUUGAUCUGUGGAUUGGACAAGUACAGGACGGAUCAGUCUUUGUUAUUGUGGGAUGUGCACAGGACGACGUCCAAUACCGAGCGCUUGCAUCAUUACAAUACUGGACAAACGGAUUCGAUAAGGCCUCUAGCAGAAGUUGCCAUUUCUGAGACAGUCCAUUCGCUAGCUUGGUUCAACAACGAGCCAAAAUGUUCAGUGGCUGGUGUAAAUAAUAAGCAUUUAAAAAUCAUUGAUUUUAGAGAUCCUGUAAAAAUAGUAAAUACAACAGCAGCUAAAUCUGUAUUCAGUUUAGCUGUCAAUCCUCACAAUGAUUAUCAUUUAGUUUCUCACAUUGAUAAUCUAAUAACUAUAUGGGACACGCGAUAUUUUGAAAAACCUGUAUUAACAUUAACACAAGCUCGACCUGUAUCAAAAGUCUUAUGGUGUCCUACUCGGCACAAUCUAUUGGGAUCGCUUCAAAAAGAUUCUGGAACUCUACAUCUUCAUGAUAUUCAGCACUAUGGGGUUGCUGGAGAAGAUGCUGAGCCAGGAGCAUUGGAAAGAACUGUUUCACCACCAUGGACUACUACUCCAACCAGUUUUUCAUGGCAUCCUACACAUGUAAAUAGGUUAUUGGCUAUUUCUCCACAAGGUUUGACUGAUUACACUGUAUACGAAAGAAUAACUUUAAAUUGGUCGACGAGGUCACAUCUUGUAUGGAAUCACGCCUCAAAAUCUUACAAAUAUAUUUGUUCUAAUGACAAUAUUUACAAAGGCUUAAAUGAUAUUUCUAUUUUAUUAAAUAGACGUGCCUUAUCAGGAUAUGGUUUAUUGCCAGAAUUACCACAAAAUGGUGAAUUAGCUGAAGAUGAUACUUUGAAAAAUGUAUGGCAAUGGUUAUAUCUUAGUCGCUCUCUUGUGGAAGAUGGUACGAUACCCAGUCCUGACAAUAAACACCCAGGAGUAAGAACGGUUCUCAAAUUGGAUGACCCAAUUACAAGUACUUUUAUUACAAAAUCUGAAAUUGUUCAUAGACCUUGGGCUGAUAUUGGCUCAAACAUCACCGCAAAAACGUAUAGAUCUGCUGAUCGUGAUAAAGCUUUGCAAUUAUGUGGAUGGCGAUUUGAAAAAGAUACAAAUGCUCCUUAUAAUAAUCUAUUUUUAGAAAGAUUAGAGAGAGAAGGAGCUUAUCCUCGAGCUACAGCAAUAUCUGUGUUCAAUUUAUGUCUAAGACAAGCGAUAGAAAUUUUAAACAGAGGAGCUAGCAAGAUGUCAUCAUCGGCUAACUUUAAUAUUGUUGCAAUGGCUUUAUCUGGAUUUUCAGAGGAUAAAAAUAGUAUGUGGAGAGAACUAUGUUUAAGGUCAAGAUCUCAAUUAUCCGAUCCUUAUUUACGCGCUACCUUUGCAUUUUUAACCGCGGAUAAUGAUACCUACGAAAAUGUGCUGAAUGAAAACGGUAUGGCAGUAGAAGAUAGGGUAGCUUUUGCCCUGAUGUUUUUAUCAGAUAAUAAUUUAUAUGAUUAUUUGCAAAAUUUGAGCAAAGAAUUGUGUGAACAGGGUAAUUUAGCAGGAAUGUUACUUACUGGAGCUAGUUUGGAAGGUAUUCAACUACUUAACAAAUAUUUAGAAAUCACUGGCGAUGUGCAAAGCUGUAGUUUGAUAUCCAUCAGAGCUUUAUCUCCAACCUUAUUAGAGGAGAAUCAAGUUCAAGUAUGGAUUGAAAGCUAUAGAAAUCUAUUAGAUGCUUGGAAACUGUGGACUCAGAGAGCUCAUUUCGAUAUUGCCAUGAAAUCUUCGAUUAACGAUAAUAAAUCUGCAGUGAACAAACAGAUGUAUGUGUCUUGUACCUACUGUGGUAAAAAUGUCUGUGCCUCCAUGCAAGGCAUAGCGAGAACGAGGGGCCCCUUCGGAAGAUUAGGAAGUACUUCGAAUAAACUCAAGAUGACAGCAUGUCCAAGCUGCAGAAAGCCACUGCCACGCUGUGCCAUCUGCCUCAUGCACAUGGGAACCGUUAGCGGCCUGCAAAUGAAUCCUACCAAUUCGAAUAGGAACGAGGAGGAAGGCAAGCUCACGGAAUUCAACGAUUGGUUCACAUGGUGCCAAAGCUGCAGACACGGUGGACACGCCAGUCAUUUAAGGAACUGGUUCCAGCAACAUUCGGAGUGUCCAGUGACUUCUUGCAAUUGUCGAUGCUCUUCUCUUGAUGCUUCUAGUAAAAUCAAAGUUGGGGCGACGUAAGAAAUAAAUAUUUUUAUAAUAAAUUGAUACACUGAUCAUAUUGAUCACAACUGAUACGAAUUUUAUGAAAAAACUUUUCUAAUGGAAAAAAAAUCGAUACUUAAUUUUAAUAUUCUUGAAUGGUACUAUCGUUACGUUCAGAAAACUUGUUGAGUCUUUUGCUAAGUUUUUAUACAUGGGAAAAAUAUGAAUAACAAUGAAAUAUAAAUAUGAAACAAUGUGGUAAUAGAAAUAAUCGAAAGUGUUUUUAGUCUAGUGUCUUUACUCAACUUGUAGCCUGUAACAUUCAAUUGUGAAUUUAAUUGUAAAAAGAAAGAAUUGAAAAAAGAACCAGGGUUUUGUCAUAAGUUCUAAUACGAUUAAAAAUAAUAAUAAAUUAAAAGUGACGUGAAGCUUUGUUGAGUUUUCAUAAUUUCAUUUCUGUGAUCUACGAUUAAGCAGAUGAAAAACUAAGUUCAAUGAAAAGUUAUAAAUUAAUGGUAUUAACGAACGCGUAUCGAACGUGUUGCGUAUACGAGCAUAUUUAGUGCUAAUUUGUAAUAAAGAGUUUUAUAAGUAUAUUUACUGGACUUUUUUCAUAAAUGAA